AUGUCCUACAACUACGCCGCCCACCACCGUAUAAGAUCACCUCCCAAUGCGGAGUUUCCCUACUGGCUAGCGCAGCCACACAUAUUCCACAGUGCCGCCCAGCCAUGGCAGCAGACGUACCAAUUCGGUGUGCCCUUGUGGGAGGAACCGACGCUGCACAGCCAGCCCCCACGCCCGAACACCCAACCCUGGCAGCAACCACCCGAUAUGCCGGAUUGGCAACACAACCCACAACCGCAGCAGUUAGCUUCACAAGAGCAGGAUUGUCAGUCGUUCGGAGGUCGUACGGAACCCAUGUGUUCCCUACCGGCGGUAACGGACCCAGUGCUGUCGUUGGUCGUCAAAUCACCGCCCCUAGACCCAAUUAAAGUCAUGUUCGAAAAUAUGAUGGCAAGUAUGGCGAGAUUGGAGUCGCGUAUGGACGAGAUUGACGGACAGCAGCACGCAUACCACAAACAGCCAUCCUACUGGCCGGUUACAGCUGCUGCCCUGCAGCCGCCCUUCACCUACACCGAUCCAUAUAGUCUGCCGCCGUCUGACACUGAUCCCUAUAGUCAGCCGCAGUACUACACCGAUCCCCACACGCAGCUGAGUUCAGCACCGCCCUCAAUCGGCUUGCAGCCAACACCCCCGCAACAUUCACUGUCUUGCUGGUGUCCACCGACAGCCACGCCGCUGCCCUGUACUGUUAUCCCGAUCUCAAUCCCUGCCAAUGGGUUUGCUGAAAUCCAACAUUUGCCGCGUCCGCCGCAGCAUGCCCAAUUUCAGAUUUUCGCAGAACCUAUCUCUGUUUCCAGUGACGUAGAGAUGCUGAUCAUGGAAGAGGUUCAGACAGAAGAAUUGCCUCCGAUUGAGGUGAUAGACGAGGAGGAUGGCUCCAUUGAGGAUGGAUUUGAUUAUUCCACCGUGAAGAUUCUUGAUUCUUCUGCUGGUUUUUGUGGAGUUGAAAAGGCUGAGAAGGAGACGAAAUCCAGUCAGGAUCACAAGCGCGAGGAGGAACAAGUUCAAGGGCAGUUUGAAUCCUCGAUGCAACUAAAUGCUUUUCCAAUCAAGGUUCUUCAAGCUAAGGUUGAUUUGGGUAAUUCCAUGAGGUUGAUCGAGAGGCGGCGAGACCAUGGAGAAGGGUCGACGGUGGCUUCUUAUGAUGUUGUCUUGCUUCUUCCUUCUUACCAAGAUUUAUGCACAAAGGUGGAGAUAGAUAACGGCAUUGUUAAAAUCACGUUGUCUAAUCCGACCGGCAUGAUCACAAGCCUCGGGUACAAAAACAUCACCAAUGUUCUUGAAUAUCGCCUUGUAGAAGGGCGAAGAGGGUACUAUGAUAUUAUGUGGGGUAAGCCAGAUCGCAACGAAAGUUAUUUUGAUAGGCUCGAUUGUCAGAGCCUUAGAAUUAUAGUAGAAACCGAUGAUCAAGUUGAACUUUCUUUUACAAGGACAUGGCAUCACUCCCUUGAUGGAGACGUGCCUCUCAAUAUUGAUAAGAGGUACAUUGUCCUGCGUGGAUCAUCGGGUUUCUACUCAUAUGCAAAUUUAGAGCAUAUGGAAGGAUGGCCCGAUCUAAACAUAUAUGAAGCAAGAAUCGCCUUCAAGCUUCACCAAGACAUGUUUCACUACAUGGUAAUAUCUGACGAUAAGCAAAGGAUAAUGCCAACAAAUAUGGAUCUGAAAACAGGCCAACAUCUUAGUUACAAGGAAGCUAUUUUGAUAACAAAUUCCAGCAAUCCACGACUGAGAGGAGAGGUGGAUGAUAAAUAUCAGUACUCAUGUGAGAACAAGGAUAAUCGUGUGCACGGAUGGAUUAGUUCGAAAUCUAAUCCGCAGAUUGGAUUCUGGGUGAUAACGCCUAGUGAUGAGUUCCGAUCCGGUGGUCCUGUCAAACAAGAUCUCACUUCUCACGCUUCCUCUACUUCCCUAGCUAUAUUCUUUAGUGUGCAUUAUGCUGGUGAGGAUUUUGGAGUGAGAUUACGCGGUGGAGAGUGGUGGAACAAGGUAUUCGGCCCUGUUUUCAUGUACCUCAACUCGGACUCGGAUUCCACAUCAAUCUGGAAAGAUGCUAAGAGACAGGCUUCUCAAGAGACCAAGAAUUGGCCUUACGAUUUUCCAUUGUCCCGAGAUUUUCCCCAUUCCAACCAACGAGGCACUGUCACAGGCCGACUAUUUGUAAACGACAGCGUAAUUACACCAGCAAUUUCAGCAUAUGUAGGAUUGGCCCAACCUGGAGAUGCUGGAUCUUGGCAAACCAACUCUAAGGGCUAUCAAUUUUGGAGUCGAAGUGAUGAAAGGGGCCAUUUCAGCAUCAAAAGUGUUAGAGAAGGCAUUUACAACUUGUAUGCGUGGGUGCCAGGAGUUAUCGGAGACUAUAAACACCAUGCUGACAUUAUAGUCCGACCAGGAAGCCAAGUUGGGAUGGGUAAUAUUACAUAUACUCCUCCAAGAAAUGGUCCGACUCUAUGGGAAAUAGGGAUCCCUGAUCGAACUGCAGCUGAAUUCUACGUUCCCGAUCCAGCCCCACACCUAGUAAACAGACUAUAUGUGAACCACACAGAAAAGUAUAGGCAAUAUGGUUUGUGGGACAGAUACACUGAUUUGUAUCCUGAUCAGGAUUUGAUUUACACUGUCGGAGUGAGUGACUAUCGUAGGGACUGGUUUUUUGCCCAUGUAAACAGGCGUGUGAAUACAAGCUAUGUACCAACAACAUGGCAAAUUGUGUUCAACAUGAGUAAGGUGAUUAGGAGAGGACGUUACACACUUAGGAUUGCAUUGGCAUCUUCCAACAUGGCGGAAAUCCAAGUGCGAAUCAACAAGUUCAAGGGUGCUCGCCCCCAUUUCUCGACAGGAUUGAUUGGGAAAGACAACGCGAUUGCUAGGCAUGGUAUUCAUGGGCUCCACAGCUUAUACAAUGUGACUAUAUUGGGAGCUCAAUUGGUCGAAGGAACAAACACAAUAUAUCUGAGGCAGUCACGUCCUUCAUCGCCAUUCAUUGGCGUCAUGUAUGACUACAUUCGCUUCGAAGCCCUGCCUCAAAACUCCUCUGCUCCAAAUAUUAGCAAUGCAUGCGCCUCUAUAAACACCAUAUUGAUUAGAGAGAGUAAUCGAUCAACAUUUGCAGCAUUGAAGCUCCAGGUAACAGAAAAGCAUGUGCAUCUAGACAGCGGUAUUAUUAAACUUACACUGGUGAAACCGAGCGGCACCAUUGCAAGGGUCGGAUACCGAGAAAUCGAGAACGUUCUAGACCAUCAACUGAUAGGGUCCUCGAUUUAG